CCAAAAAAAUCCAGAUUGGGGUUCAAGCCGAGUUCGUUAAAGAUCAAAUUUUUAUUAACCAAUCUCUAAAGGCUUCAAUAAACCCAUUCAUAAAAGCAAAAGAAUUUCAUAUAUUCAGAUCUGAGAUUGGCAAAGUUUCUCUCCCGGAGACCCUAAAAUCUUCAGAUCUGAGAGAUCAGAGCUCAAUCAUGGCGACCGAAUGGACUCGAUUCGCCUUCUUGCUUUCGAUUACAAUGGCCUUCUCUCUCUGUUUCGCCGAAAUUCGAUUCUCCGAGAUCCGAAACGAGGCCCGGCCGAUUGUCCCUUUAGACGAGUUUGGAUUCACUCACAAGGGUCGACUCGAGCUCGAUGUUUCGAAGAUCUCGAUUUCCUCCAAGAACUCGGAGCCCAAAUUCGCUAAUGUCGGAUUCUUCCUCUGUACGCGGGAGUCGUGGAACCAUGUCUUCCAGCAGCUUGAGGAUGGUGAGGCCGACUGUGCUCUCAGAUCUGAUAUGGUGAAGAAGGUUCUCACGUUCACGUCUCUCAAAACCCCAACCGGUGGGAAGCUCAAAAUUGUAUAUAAUGAGACCGAUGCGGAUCAGUACACACUCCUUUUCGCUAAUUGCAAUCCGGGGUCGACGGUCUCCAUGAAUGUACGGUCGGCGAUGUACAAUCUCGAUGGAAAGGACAAUGUCCGGGACUACCUCUCCGCCGGUAAAACUGUACUCCCUAGGGUUUACUUUCUGUUCUCGUUGUCGUAUUUUAUGAUCGCCGGUCUUUGGGUUUACGUGCUAUACAAGAAACGACUCACCGUUUUCCGAAUCCAUUUCUUUAUGCUCGCUGUCGUAAUUCUCAAGGCGUUGAAUCUUCUUUGCGAGGCGGAGGACAAGAAGUAUAUUAAGCGCACUGGUAGUGCUCAUGGUUGGGAUGUGUUGUUCUACAUAUUCAGCUUCAUGAAGGGUGUCACACUCUUCACCUUGAUUGUUUUGAUUGGAACUGGGUGGUCCUUCUUGAAGCCUUACUUGCAGGAUAAGGAAAAGAAGGUCUUGAUGAUUGUGAUUCCACUUCAGGUUGUUGCCAACAUUUCCCAAGUUGUAAUUGAUGAGACCGGGCCAUUUGGGCAAGACUGGUUCACUUGGAAGCAGGUGUUCUUGCUCGUCGAUGUCGUUUGCUGCUGCGCUGUGUUGUUCCCUAUCGUUUGGUCGAUAAAGAACUUGCGUGAAGCUGCCAAAACUGAUGGCAAAGCCGCUGUCAAUUUGAUGAAGCUGACCCUUUUCAGGCAGUAUUACAUUGUGGUCAUCUGUUACAUUUACUUCACUCGUGUUGUGUUCUUUGCUUUGGAGACUAUCACCUCCUACCGGUAUCUUUGGACCAGUGUAGUGGCUUCGGAGCUGGCCACUCUCGCUUUCUAUGUUUUUACGGGUUACAAGUUCAAGCCUGAGGCCCACAAUCCUUACUUUGUGAUUGAUGAUGAGGAAGAAGAGGCUGCCGCUGAAGCUUUGAAGCUUGAGGAUGAAUUUGAAUUGUAAUUCGCCCCGAAGAAGAUGGUGCAGCCUCCAAAUUUGUUCGAUCAAUCACAGAUGGGUCCUGCCCUAUCCGAUAUUUAUAGGCAUUAUUGAGAUACAACUGGUACUAUGUUUUUUCUCCUUUCUAUGCUGUUGACUUUAUCUUGUCUUUAAUUUUGAGUUAGUAGGAUAGCUUCAUACUCUUGUGAAACUCUGUGAAUUGGAUACUGUGUUUAUGUUUGUCAAUUGGAUAGUAUGUACAAGUAGAAGUAGUGAUACUCAAUAAUUGGAAUUCAUUUUUGUGAUAAAUGUAUGAUGGUUUUACCUAA